ACUGAAAUGAAGAUAUCAAACAAGUUGAUAUUAAUCAUUCUUUUUUUAACAGACUCCGUAUUACUUAUUUCCUGCAGUGGAAAUGAUUUUUAUUUUGUACCAACUCCUAUGACAUGGCAUGCGGCUCAGAGCUUCUGUAGAAGUAUCAACUCGGAUCUGGUAACUGUUACAAAUGAAGACAUGAAUCAGCAGCUGGUACAAAUUUCAAGAAAUUAUAGUUAUUAUAAUUAUUUUUGGGUAGGGCUCUAUAAUGACAGAAACAACUGGAAAUGGUCCAAUGGAGACAAUACAAAUUAUUCUAAUUGGAAAAGGAACUUGUUUUGUGCUUACGUCAAGGCAGAUGGUUCCUGGCUGGAUACUGCCUGUGAGUUUAGGAAGACUUUUAUCUGCUACAAAGAAACCAAUAACAUCAGUGGGAGAUAUUUCUGGAUAAAUGAGAGUAUGACAUGGAGCAGUGCUCAGAACUACUGUCGAGUAAACUACACAGACCUGGUCAGCAUAAGAAAUGAGAGUGAAAAUGAAAAGAUAAUGAAGGAAGCACAAGGUAGUCCCUUCUGGAUUGGCCUGUUCAAUGAUGGCUGGACAUGGUCUGAUGGAGGGAAUUCAACAUAUCGAAACUGGGCUUCAUAUUGGAAUGUGUAUUCUGAAGACUGGACAAGUGAAUUAUGCGGAAUGAUUAGAUUUAAUGGAGACUGGAAUGUCUAUCAAUGCAACUAUAUGUCAUACUUCUUCUGCAGUAACAGAGUCUGUGGACCAUCGUCUUGCACUACAACAUAUGUUUUUGUAUCAAUUGCAUUGUCCUGGUAUGAUGCUCAGAAGUACUGCAGAUCACAUUUCACAGACCUGGCAACUGUGGAUAGCCAAGCAGUGAAUAACCAGGUGAUUCAAGUCACAGCAAAUGAUGGAUGGAUUGGGCUGAGACAUGGAAAUGACACUUGGCAGUGGUCCAAUGGAGACCAAAUAACCUACACGAAAUGGAGUCCAUCCCGUUACUGUGCUCAGGUUCAAUCAGAUGGCUCCUGGAGAGAUUCAAGUUGUAGUGAGCAGAUUUCUUUCAUGUGCUACAAUGAAUCCAGCAAUGUAAAUGAGGCAUAUGUGUGGAUAAAUCAGAUAAUGAACUGGUCCAGCGCUCUGCAGUACUGUCGAACAAACUACAGUGAUCUGGUCAGCAUAAGGAAUGACAGUGAAAAUGAGAUGCUAAAGAACAAGGCUCAGGGAAGCCCCUUCUGGAUCGGCUUGUUCAACAACCCCUGGAAGUGGUCUGAUGGUGGGAUUUCAACGUUACAAAUUUGGAAUCUAUAUUUUUGCAUUUGGGAAGCCAAUGAAAUAUGUGGAUUAAACACAUGGUUUGGAAAUUGGAUGGAGUUUCCCUGCAGUUCUCCAUAUUCCUUCUUCUGCAGUAACAAAUUAUCUUCAGUCUCUACAACCUCAACAACAGGUAUGGUGAAUAAAAGGCAAAUAAUGAAGGUCAUUAUCAAAAUACAAAGUGGCAUGAAUCCUGAGGACCCAAAAGUCACUGAAGCCAUCUUAAAACAGGUCAAGAAUAAUCUUUUGAAGCAAAAUGUUACAGGAAACCUUCAGUGGAAAAUAAAUAGUGGAAGUAUUUUCAAUAGGCUAAACACUGAUGAAUAGAAAGGUGUGAAGACAACGUGGACAAUGUGCCGUUUCAUACUUGGUCAUAUCUGCAUUUCUUCACUAAGAUGGAUUCCCACAUAUCUGUAUUCCUUUAAUAAUGUGUGCUCUCUUUGUGGUAUUUUAAUGUUUGAUUACUGUCAUACAUAUUGACUAUAGCUGCAAUUUCUUAUUUUUGGGCCAGCUCAAGAAUCUCAGCACAUGCAAAGUAACAUAAUAUAAAAUGCUUGAUGGAACAGAUCAUACUAGCCAGCCUAGGUUAUCAAAACCUUAGAAGAGCCAGAUAUUUAAAACAGCUACCAUUACUGAGUGCCUGAAAUGGCCAUAACACACCUCAUCAAUUGUCAACAUGGCCAACAUGUUUACUUUCUCAGUUACCUGGCAAAAGUCCAGCCCUCCAUCUAUGCUCUUAAAGAUCAACAGAAGCACACUGGGGACUGUUCUCCCUGGCUGCUUCACAUUCUGGUACUGCUUCUGUUUAACUGAAGAACACAAAGCAUUACAGUGCAUAUACCACAGAACCAGAGUCACCUAGACGCUGAAGAAUUUUGCUCUGGUAUGCUAGUUAUACUACUUUCUCAUUUAUUUGCUGAAUGUUUUUUUUCUUUAUUAUCUAGCAACAUUUAUAAAUGUAAAGGGAUGUUCUCCAAAUUCACUGUGUAUUACUCAAAAAUUGGAAAAGAUUAAGAAGGCAUGCAAUAUUGAUGACUUAAGGACUGUGGCAAAUCACAACCCUUAUCUUUUGUUAAAACAAAAGUGAAUUGUUGAAGUUCAUUAACUUUGAAAGAUGGGUCCAUGUCAUAACCAAGAAGGAAAUCUCACCUUUCUUAAAGUAUUGUAAUAGAAAAUAGUCGGAAGCAGGAAAAGAUUUGGGGAUGGCCACCCCAUAUACUGAAAAAAAGCAGGUUAAAAAACAACAUAAACAUCUUUACAAAACGGAGUUCAAAAUAGAACUGGUUAACAAUUAUGUUCUCAGGUGCAUGUAUUGCACAAGCAGAAAGAGGUGGAGUUUCAGAAAGCCAGAAAAGGAAGUGAUGUCUGUGGAGGUGGGUUCUGGACCAGAUAGGACAUCAUUAUCUGGUGCAAGGAGUGAUGUCAUGGGAAGGAGAAACAGAGGUGGUGCUACUAAAAGUACGGUCUUCAGUUGGUCUGAAGAGGGACAAAAGGAGAGUAUUAGAAGGCAGCACCAACCCUUGAGCCAGCUGGGAAAUAACACUAUUUGAGCCUGUAAACCAUUCCCAUGCACACGUGUGAUAGUAUUCAUUCUGGAUGAAUUCUGUUUGUCUUCAUUUGACAUCCUUUAUCAUAACCUAAUACAUUUAAGAGCUACUGAUACAUAAAUUCUAAUUAUGUAAAAUUACAUAAAAGUAUUAUUGGUAAUGUACAGUACUGAUUUCUGCUAAAUUAUCUUUAUGUAUCUUUUACAAUGUGCAAUAGCUUGAAGUAUAAUUAUUCAUUUAGCCUAUCACAUAUGUAGAAUAGUAUCCAGCAUUUUAUGAGGGGGAUCUACACCCUCUUAGAACUGGUGAGUAGUGAUGAGCGAACAUUGAUGAGUUCACUUCGCAGUGAGUUCCCCAAAAUCACGGAAAUGUUUGCGAUAUUCUCUGAACUUGGCAAACUGCAUUAAAGUUAAUGAGGAAAGACUAACUGAACUAGAUUUGACUGGAUUAUAAUGGUGUUGUCACAUUUAAAGUGCCCCUGUGGGCUAGGGAAACGUCUGUCAACUAUACUGGAGCAAUUAUUGUGGCCAAAAAGGUGACCUGAGUUGUGUGGCAGCAGUGCCAACCUCUGCCUCAUUGUGCCUCUGUGAUAUUAAAGAAGAAAGUAUGCAUAGAUUUCAUUAAUACAAAGCAGAAAUGCAGAAAUCGUACUCAAAAGUCAGAAAAAAAUAUGCAGGUCUUUUAAAGGCAGAAAACUCAAAGUGGCAUCUCAUGAUUUAAGCUGCUGGCUCAUUCUAUGUUUUGAAGUCAAGCUGAAGGCUCUCCAGACUCUGCUGAUACUUUGCUUCUUUUCCUCUAUCAAAAAGAUAGAAACGUCUUGUAAAUAGUAAUAAACCUUUCCUUAUU